AUGCCUGGUGACACUCAUGCAAUUGACGUCCCCUGUACAUUACAUUUUACCUCAGGAGACCUCAUGAACGAGUUUACUAGGCCACACCUACAAAUCAGUCGUCCAGAGCCAACGAGGAUCGGCGCUGUUCCAUACGUUACCAAUUACAGUCGCCCUCAGAGCCAGCACAAUGGUCAGGUCGGGAGCCCACUGAGCCCUAACUUUAUCCCGUCGCCGGUGAGCGAUAUCACACUUCUCCCUUCGCCUCAGGAUACGUACAAUGUCGAUGUGGAUACGACAGGAGAACAGGUUAAGGUACAGCAACCACAGGCAACCGCCCUACCACAACAAGGCCCCCGAUUGUUUAGAUCGUUCGGAUCAUUCGACCAAGCUCAUUCUAGCGAGGGGCAGGAUGGUCUGCCGCACGAAUACGAUCUUCUCAAUGCCUGGUGCCGUUUCCGGCGACGCGUGCAUCGGCCGCUGGCCGAAUGGCUGGGUUCGACACUUUUCAUGAUCAUCGGACUGUCUGGUAGCUUGGUGCACUUGACGUCGCACGAAUCCACCACCGAUAGGUUGGGCGAGUAUCUUGGAUGGGGGCUCGGAGUCAUGAUAGGUGUGUACGUUGUCGGGGGUUCUUCAGGCGCGCACCUCAACCCCAUAGUAACGAUCAUGUUCACGGUGUUCCGCAACUUUCCUGUUGUGACUGGAGUUCAGUAUAUUGUUGCACAGCUACUCGGCUCCUUCACUGCCUCAGCCAUCGUGCUGGGCCUCUAUCACGACGCCAUUGAUCAGUACGACGACAGCACGAAGGGAACAAAGGCUGGGAUAGCAUUCUAUACAUCCCCACGGCCGGGUUUGAGCCUGGUGACUGCACUGCUGACUGAAUGUGUGGGCACCGGGAUCCUCUGUAUGGUCGUGCUCGCGCUGAACGACCCGCGAAACAUCCCACGUCGCACCGGCAUGCAUGCUGUCGUUAUGGCUCUCGUGGUUACUGGUCUAUGUCUGGCAUUUUCCUACAACACGGGCACCUGCCUCAACCCGGCACGCGACUUUGGGCCACGGCUGCUUGUAUGGGCCGCGGGUGUUAGCGACAGCAACGUCUGGACCGUGAACACUUAUUGGUGGGCCUGGGGUCCGUGGUGCAGCACCAUUGCCGGCGGUGUGAUAGGCGCCUGUAUUUAUGACCUUUUCAUCUUUGUCGGCCCCGAGAGUCCCGUUAACUUUCCGCGUGGGUACCUCGGAAACCACAUCAGAGCUGUUCGAGAAAAAAUCGCUCCUGGGAAAACGUCGACAAGGACUUGUGUGGACGUUGAAAAUGGAGAACUUGUCCAUGUUCAGUCCUCGAUGACGACGAACCACGAUCAUGAGACUCGGUGA